ACAGUUUGAGCGGGAAUCGUUGAUGUGCGUAGACGUUUACACUUACUUUACGCGGUGCGCUAAGCGCUUUCAUUUAGCAUUUUAUAACUUUUAGUUCCUACUAGCCUACUGUUGUGUUAUCUAUUAUAAAUAAAGCAUAUUAGUUCGUAAAGUAAUUCAUCAAAUCCUCGUUGCUGUUCUUAUUUCAUUGCAAUGUAUUAUGCAUAUUGUUUGAACUAAGUAAAAUGUAAUUGUUGGGCUGUUUUUCGCAAAGUAUCCACUCAAUUUAUUACUGUAAAAAUGUUUCACGUACCAGCCAAACCAUUACACACAUCCAAUAUUGCGAUGCAUCGACCCCAAUCGGCGUCUUCGAGGGUAGAUGACGAGCUCAUGCAGAAGAGUCACCGUGCGCUGAAUAACACCAGCGACCCGCUCGAUAGGCUGCGUUUGAUGUGCCUCUCCCGGGGCUCCGGUGGGAUUAUGGGACUAGCCAGGGUAUUCAGGAGAAUGGACGAUGAUGGGAGUAAACAGCUCAACAAGGAGGAGUUCGUCAACGGCAUCAAGGAGUCAGGCUUGGACUUGAACCCAGACGACACUGAAGAACUAUUCCACAAGUUUGAUGUAGACAACAGCGGCUCCAUCAGCCUUGAUGAAUUUAUUGCUCGUCUUCGUCCUCCCAUGUCGGAAUCUCGUCGCGCCAUAGUCGAGCAAGCGUUCAAAAAACUGGACAAAACCGGAGACGGUGUUCUAACCAUUGACGAUAUUCGCAAAAUCUACUCCGUCAACUCCAACCCAAGGUACAAGAGUGGCGAAGAGACUGCAGAUGUUAUUAUGAAUAAGUUCCUGGCCAACUUCGAGGGUGAAGGUUCCGUUGAUGGAACUGUAACACUUGAGGAGUUCAUGAACUACUACAGUGCCAUCAGUGUCUCUAUCGAUAACGACUGUUACUUCGACUUGAUGAUGCGCCAGGCAUACAAGUUGUAAAUUAAUUUUAAAAUUAAAUUCUUAUUAUUAUGCUAAUUAUCUGCUUCACGCAUGUCUCAUCUAGAGUGAGAGGGAAGAUAAAGUGCACUAAUUGUCUUGCUUUCAUUGGUUUAAAUUAACAUGUGAUAUCAUUGUAAACAAUAAAAUAUUUUGAUUAGUA